UGGUGGAAGAGGAGGAGGAGGUGGUGAAGGAGGUGGAGGUGGAGAACGACGGCGACAAGGAAGGGGAAGAGCAAGGGCACGAAGACAGUCAGUCUCGGAUGAAAUUCGAGCCACUUUAGUUGACCAUGUCCUUGUCCAUGGGAUGACUAUGAGGGAGGCUGGGCAACGAGUACAACCAAAUUUGAGUCGCUUCACUGUUGCCUCCAUCAUCAGAACCUUCAGGGAGGAAAACAGGACACAGAGACGACCACCUGGUGGAGGCAGGUUAAGGCUUUUGUCGGAGGAGCAAGAGAGGGAACUUGUAAACAUGGUAAUUGCAAAUAAUGUAAUCCGCCUGCAAGAGAUUCAAAGGAGAGUGAUUGAGGAUGAUCAUCUUUUUCGAGGCAUAAAUGCCAUCAGCCUCUCCACAAUUGACCGCAUCCUCCGAAAGAAUCAAUUCCGGAUGAAACAGGCAUACCGAGUCCCUUUCGAACGAAACUCUGACAGAGUGAAAAACCAACGUGUGGAAUAUGUUCAGAGAAUCUUUGAGAUUGAAGGACGGCCUGUUCCCCAUGAAAUGAUCUUUGUGGAUGAGGCAGGUUUUAACCUGACCAAAAGAAGGAAAAGGGGGAGGAACAUAAUUGGCCAUCGGGCUAUUGUAAAUGUCCCUGGUCAGCGUGGGGGGAAUGUCACUAUGUGCGCAGCCAUCAGCCAACGAGGGGUACUCCACCGCCAUGCCGUACUAGGACCCUAUAACACUAUGCUUCUCCUUGCUUUUCUUGAUGGUUUAAGACAACAUAUGUUCCAGCUGGACUACAGGGAACCAGCACAGCCAGAGCAGCCUCACUACGUUGUUGUGUGGGAUAACGUCAGCUUCCAUCGCGCUGCUCUGGUUCGUGACUGGUUUACCAAUAACCCAAGGUUUUCUAAUAUCUUUCUGCCUGCAUACUCCCCCUUUCUAAACCCGAUAGAGGAGUUAUUUUCGGCAUGGCGGUGGAAAGUGUAUGACCGAGAACCUUAUGUCCGUGUUCACCUCCUUCAGGCCAUGGAAGAGGCCUGCCUAGACAUAUCAGUAGAUGCAUGCCAGGGGUGGAUCAGGCAUGCAAGAGGAUUUUACCCCCGCUGCCUGGCUGGGGCCAAUAUAGCCUGUGAUGUGGAUGAGAUUCUCUGGCCUGACCCAGACCAAAGACAAGAUGCUGUGGUGGGAUAAUGUUUCUGGUGUGUGUUGUACUGUAUAGUACAUGAAUGACAAUGUGCCACUGUACAUACAUUGGUUGCGUCUUUUGUGUUUAUCAUGUGACAAGGGUUUUGAAGGGGAGAACCAUAAGCAACCUAAUUGUUUUGGAACUAUUGUUUUGAAUUAAUUGUACCAGUGUGCAAAACUCUGUUGUAGUGUGUGUGUUUUUGAGGGCUUGUGUUUGAUGUCUGAGGGCAAAGUUCGGUUUUUCAGCAGGAGUGAAUAGUUUUGGGUGUAGAGCUUCAUUUUGACCUGGAAAUAGGAUGUUUGGGGAAUUGAGUGAGAUGUUAUGGAUUUGUGUUUACUGUUGUGCGGAU